CCAUUUGUCCCGCGACCCCAGUCAGCUCCACCUGGACUCGCCCCUGGCCCGAGGCCUGCGGCGCGGGUCCUCCAGCUCCGGUUCCUGCUUCUGUCCGGAGCGGGCCGACGGGGCGGCCGGUUUCGCGAGGAUGAACCCAGCGGGUGCCGCGGCUCCACACUGGGCCUCCAUCGCCGCCAGCGAGCCAUGUUCCAGGCUGCAGGAGCCACCCAGGCCACCCCCUCCCACGAAACCAAAGGUGGCAGUGGCAGCAGCGCGGUUCAGCGCUCCAAGUCCUUCAGCCUUCGCGCCCAGGUGAAGGAGACCUGCGCUGCCUGCCAGAAGACCGUGUACCCCAUGGAGCGGCUGGUGGCCGACAAGCUCAUUUUCCACAACUCUUGCUUCUGCUGCAAGCACUGCCACACCAAGCUCAGCCUGGGCAGCUACGCGGCGCUGCACGGAGAAUUUUACUGCAAACCCCACUUUCAGCAGCUGUUUAAGAGCAAAGGCAACUACGACGAAGGCUUCGGCCGGAAGCAGCACAAGGAGCUCUGGGCCCACAAGGAGGUGGACCCCGGCACCAAGACAGCCUGAGGCCCCUCUGACCAUCCACUCCCUCCUCCUUCCGUCGAGGGCCUGGAGCAGGCAGCGGGCAGGGUGGGAGAGAGGUUGGACCGGGCCCGGCGGGGUCAGGGUGGGAAGGGGAUGAGGCCGUCUUGCUCGGGCAGAGGGUCUUGGGGGCAGGGCUCUGCUUCGGGAUUCCUUCCUUCUCCCUCAGUGGGUGGGGGGGGGGCGGUUAGGGAACCAGGACUGGGCUUUGCUCACCAGCUCGCUUCCUGCUGCUUCCAGCCUACCCCACCUUACCCCACGGCCCCCUGGGAAGGCCCCCCAACCCAGCUUCCCUAUCUAGGUGCCUUUUCUCCAGCAAGGAGUCAGCAUGCCCCCCUCAGGGUCCCAAGCUCCCUCACUGCCACCCAGGGCCCUGUGUGGCCCCCACAUCUCCCCAUCUACCUCUGCCCUUAGCCUGGUCCUGAGCCAUGGAGACUGCAGGAAGGUGAGCCAGGGUGCCCCCUGCUGGGUCUCUCCAAAUGCCCACCAGGACCCAGUGGGGGAGGGGAGGGAAAGUGGAAGAGCCCCGCCCCCCCCCCCCCCCCAGGCGAGGCAGGGCAUGCCCAUUAGGGCUUGGGACCAUCCCACACCACGGAAGCAGCAAAAGCUAAAGCACUGGCCAGGCUGAGAGCCACAGAGACUGGUGGGGAGCUGGCAGGGUCACGUUCCCCUCUUCUCCCAUUUCUGCCGGUUUUGACUGUUGUAAUCAACCCUGUUUUAAACACGUUUCAAGAGAUCCUGA